AUGUUCUACGUAUUAAUUUUAUGGCCAGCAUUGUACGCAUCUGCUGUAUUAACAUUGACCAUAGACUCUAUUUUGGGAACGUCGAUUGAAGACUGUUUCGAACGAAUCGCCAUCGGCGAGCAGUUGCCACCUAGCUCCAUCUACCGGAAUGUCUCGGAACUAAUGACCAAGGAGUGUGAACAGAUCUGCAAGCAGGAUAAACAAUGUCAGGCCUAUGAUUAUGGUGUGGGUGCUAAGGGCAAUUCAACAUGCAACCUCAGCAAUCUAAACGAAAAGCAAAUAAAAGAUGACAAACCACUCCUGCGCAACCCCGACUACGAUGUAUACGUUAGGAGAAUCCAAUGCGAACAGUCUCCACCCACACCAAUAGACCAAGAUUUCCUUGAAAACGGACCCUUGCAUCGCCCCACAUUUAGACCAGACGAAGAUGCCAAACGUCCUUUAGCUGAUGAUUACGAAGAUGCCAGACCUGACAGACGACCGAGUUACAACGAACGACCUGAUGGCUUUGAAAAUCAAACCCCUGAUGAUAGACCUCCAAGCUACGGGGCGCAUACACCUGAAAACAUUCCGUAUAAUGAAAAACCUACCCGACCAGGUUAUGAUUCCCAUAGACGGCCUCGUCCAAACUUCCGACCAGAUUCAUAUGGGGGAGCGAGUGAAGAAACAAACGACGCGUAUGGACCUAGACCUGAAUACGUACCAGAAAAACUACAUUAUCAAUACAUAAUACGACCAAAUAGAAAACCGAAGCCUGACAGUUCAUAUAAUAUUGGUUAUAAUCAAGUCAAUACAAGACCAGACUAUGAUAGACCCUCCUACAGCUAUAACAGUCAAUACGCGAGCAAUUAUGGUGGUCAGGACAAUUCUAUUCAUGUAGAAAUAUACGAUCCUCCAAGAUAUAAACCAGUAAAGAGACCGUAUGAACAAAGUUCUGUGAGCUAUGGUCAAAGUUAUGGAUAUAAUCAAUACCAAGCAUCCUCUAACCACUAUGGUUAUGGACAAGAGAGUUAUGGUAAUAUCGAGAGGCCGGUAAGUGGUUAUGGAUUAAGUGCAGAUAGGCCUUAUCACAGCCCGAGCUCCAGUCAAUAUGGUCAAAGUCAAAGUGCAUAUGAAUCAGGAAAUAAAUAUAGUUAUGGUCAAAGUCAGCAAUACGGACAAUCAAGCCAAUACGCUGCAAGUUAUGGUACGGGAAGUCAAAGCAGUCAAAGUCAAUAUGGUCAAAAUGAACACAAAUAUGGUCAAAGUCAGAAUCAAAAUGGCUACGGAUUUUCUCAAACAUCAAACAGCAGGCCCAGUUACAGUAAACCGAGCUACGAAAAUCAAGGAUACAGCCAGAGUACAAAUAGUCAUUCUAGCCAAGAAAAUAGUUCUGCCUAUGGUCACGGAUCACAAAACAACUAUGGUUCUAACAGUUACGGCAGCAACAGUCAUUCUUACGGCCAAACUAGUAGACCUGCAUCCAGUUAUGGUCAAUCUAGCCACGAAACAACACAAAGCCAAGCAUCAUAUGGUAACCAACAAACGCAAAUUAGCCAUAACACAUACGACACACACAAACGGCCGUAUAAUAAACCUGUAUAUGACGACAACUCUUUAUUUGGCAGCCAUCUUGGAUACGGUACGCAUCAUUUAUAUGAUAUAUAUGGACAUAGGAGACCAAAUGAAGAUAGACCCUAUAAUAAUAAACCAUAUAAACCAAACUAUCAAGAAACUGCAGUUAUUGGUUACGGAGAGACUAGUUACCAAACUGAAAAACCGAAUAGUAAUUAUGGGACAAAACCUAGCGACGGUUAUAACCAACAAAAACCUGGCUAUAGUGGAAGCGGUUAUGAAGCUAAGCCAAGUUAUAGUGGGAGCAGUUAUGAAAGUAAACCAAACGAUGGUUAUAAUAAACCUGGUUAUGCAAAGCCUACCUACGGUGAAAAUGGAUAUAGCAAGCCGAACGGUUACAGCGAAACGAGUUACGAAACAAAACCCAGCAGUGGUUAUGGUCAAACACUUAAACCAGCGUACCAGGAAUCAAGCCAAAGUGGCUACGGAGGUUAUGAGCCAUCACAGAGACCUAGUAACUACGGCCAAUCAAAACCAUCAUACACAGAAGGUUACGGAUCGACUUCAAGUGGUUAUGGAUCCAGUUCCAUAUCUAGUUAUAACCAAUCUAUAGGUGAUCCGGAUAGACCGGAUGUGAGACCAGUUUACGAAUUCGAAUACGAUAAGCCGGAUGCGCCAAGUUAUAUAUCGAAACCAGAUGGAAAUAUUAUAACCACGAGGCCGGUUUCUGUCGGUGAUUAUGAAAGACCCGGGUAUGGGAGGAACCCCGAGUAUGGAAUUUCAUAUAAGGCGUGUUUUCGACGUGUGUUAGCUGGUCGGAGAGCGCUACGCAGCCACGUGAGAAGGGUAGUUGACUGCGAAAGACUAGAAGACUGCAGACGGGAAUGCGCUACGGAGAGGAGGUUUCAUUGCGAGAGCUUUAACUAUAGAUUAGACCCCACCUUCCGCGGUAAAGGCCUCUGCGAAUUAAUGACCAAACCGAUAGAAGCCUUCGACAUACGUCACGAUUUUGUAGACGAUAAGGACUAUGAUUUCUAUGAGCUCGACCGGAAUAGCUUGGAACCCAAUUGUCCAGAAACUCUCAGGGGGCCGGGGCUCUUGCAUUCUGGUUUUUUAUCAUCAAAACCAAAGGGCAGUGAGAGGGUAGAUUGGUAUGACGCUGGGUACCGUGGCUAUAAUAGACAUGACGAAAAACAGCAUUAUACUCAGCAUAAGCGAUAUGAAGACCAGUUCUAUGUGCCCUAUCAGAUUGGAGUCAGCAGAAGCGAUGAGAAAGAAACCCACAGUCACCACGCCAAUCACGAUUCACACUAUAAGAACCAAAACCACAAAUCAUACAGUCACUGGGGGCUGGAUGACACCAAAUAUUAUGGGGUGAAACAUGGCACAAAUGCUGAUUUCGAUUACCAGAGUCUAGGGAAAGGCCAUGAUUAUGGAUAUGGUUACGGAUCCUGGAAAAGGGGGAGGUGGAACUCUUCUGGUGAGAGCUGGAGUAGGUGGGACGAGAUGGGCCGGAUCGAUGAUGGUGAUGACGGGGUGAAAGACUGCUCGUCCCGGCGCAGCGCGGGCAUGUCGCUGGCGGCGGGCGCGGUGCGGCGCGCGCUCGCCGCGCGGAGCGUGCUCGACUGCGAGGCGGCGUGCUUCGCCGAGCGAGACUUCAAGUGUGUCUCCUAUAGCUACCGGUACUCCAGUCCAUCAUCAUCAGACAACUGCUUCCUCAGCGAGCGGCCGUACAAAGCACUGCAGAUGGCGAGCGACAGCGGCUCGGACGUGUACGCGAUGCCUCAGCACACGGGCUGUCACACCGUCAGCACCAAGCCUUGGGUUGAAAGCGAAUGUUUCUGGCACGUCCGCUCCGGGGCGGCGGUGUGGGGCGGCGCGGCGCGCGCGGCGCUCAGCGUGAGCGGGCUCGGCGCGUGCGAGGCGGAGUGCAUCCGGGCACACAACUUCUUCUGCAGGGGGUUCAGUUUUAGAUUCGAAGCACCAACAAUAGGUGAUGAUCUCGCGAACUGCAUCCUCACUUCAUCACCACCUACAUCACUAGAUCCGGGUGGUGUUGGAGGCGGUCUCCACGCAGCCUCCCAUGAGCUAUACGCGCGUGGUAAUUACGGAAGAGGAUGUGAACCAGCACUAUAUGAUGAUGUGCAACAUAAGGACGCACAAUGCUACUUGCAAUACGACAACUCCGCCAAGCUGACGCCGAGCGCGGUGCGCGGGCAGGCGCGGGUGCGAGACGAGCGAGCUUGCGGGAAGGCCUGCACGGAUGCGCCGUUCAGAUGCCUUAGCUUUUCCUACAACGCCAACGCACCGCCAGCUACAGACAACUGCUUACUGUCGGAGAUACGUCUGUUUGAUUUACAUCGGGGCGUGGACUACGUGCACUCUGGGGACGAUCUGUUGUUCGCGUUUGAUUUGUUCAAUGGCCAGUGUUGGCGGAAAGUGUACGGUCAGCAUGAAGUACCAACAUUGGAAAUACCACAUCCUCUGAAUCCUACUAUAGAAGAACAUUACCCUGGAAUUCGACCUGACCCACCCUCAGCGCCCGAAACAUAUAUAACGGGUCCAAGUGGUCCCGGUUACCCAUCUGGGCCAUCGUCCAAACCCAUAGAAUCCAGUUAUAAACCUAGCUACGAACCCAUACCCAGUUAUUUACCAGACAGUGGUCCAAGUGGGCCAAGUGGACCAAGUGGUCCAAAUAAACCUGACUACGAACCUAGACCCAGUUAUUUACCUGACAGUGGUCCUAUAUCUAGCCCAAGUGGUCCAACUGGACCCUAUGUACCUUCUAGUUCUUAUGGAUCUACUGGACCUGUUAGACCUGAAGCUGUAAUACCUAUUCGACCUGAUAUACAUCCUGCAAGACCUAUAGGUCCUACUGGACCUACAGAAACUGGUCCAGGUCUAAAACCAUACCCAGACUUUGAUUAUAAACCUAGUUUCAAACCAGUGCCAGAACCGUAUAAACCUAUUCGUAAACCAUACAAACCACACGAGCCUGGUUUCAGACCAGGUUAUGAAACAAAACCUGGUUAUCUGCCAGAGAAACCUGGUUACAGGCCAGUUGAAAGACCUUAUGUUAAGCCAUCGAGACCUAAUUUAGUUGGAGGCGGCGAUGAAUUAAUAUCAUCAUCAUAUCGCCAUUACACCGUGUCCGGGUUCCCUUGCCGGCGCGGUACAACGUGCGAGCAGAACCGCAUCGCGGGACACUGGGCCUGCGAGCCCGAAUUCUCUUUUAUAGGUUCAUGGGAUUAUUGCUGCGCCCCGACCCAUAGGUGCGGUUACAGUGAAGGAUUCAGAAAACCUUGGUGCUUCGUCGGCCAGUCAGACGAUCAGUGGCGGCCUUGCAGUGAGAAAUAUUAUCCGUACCACCAGCAUAAUGUGCCGCAUCCAUCGCUCGGACAUCGCGAAGCGAUUCGUCCCAGACCAGACGGGCCGCUGACAAACAAACCAACAGACAGAGUACGCCCCGGGCCAUACUUGCCGGAGGGGGAUAGGAAAUACUGGGACGACUUAUACGAAAAUGGGCCACAAGCAUAUUACGAUAAGUACGGGAAUCCCUUGCCAGGCUACACUCGCGUACCCACAGAAAGUCGUCCGCACAUAAAGUACGAGCGCAAUCCGCCUCGCCGAGGCUCUGGGAACUGGGUGCCAGUUCAGUAUGACGAUGAGCCGCAAGCUGCUGGACUUGGAGUGCCCAGGUACUGGCCGAUCGCAUAUUUACACAAAGAGCCUCCACCAAACACAACUUACUUUCGAUUCAACGAAAGCACAACAACAACAGAGCGAUACAACUUUCGUUCAACAACAAUACAACCGGACAACACACGCACAGACAGACCGACCAACGAUAUAGAAAGUAGAUCAAUAGAUGAUCACCAUAGAAACGAAAAGCGUAGAAACAUUUCACAAAUAGACGAAGACUUUGAUGUUUAUGACAAUUACAACAACACAACAACAACAACGUACAAACCAGAGAGUACAACAACAGAAACAACAAGCACGACAGAGGCGGAAUUUAAAUUAAACAGCACAGAGUUCGAAUCGGCGAAAGUUAACGAAAAUUUAGAUGAUUAUGAAGUUAUUAAAGGCAUAGAUGAUAAACUACACGAUUUUACAACAUCUCUAGAAGUAUUCGACAUAGAAGACGCGCAUUCCGGCGAGAAAUUAGCAGAUUUAAAAACAUUGGAAGCUGAAGAGAGACAAAUUGAAGCUAUCGGCAGGCUUUUAGCUUCGAAACGCGGUGGGAAACGUAUUUUGGACACACAAAAACACGAUCUAGAAGCGAAAAGCGUAGCUGUUGAUAAUGAUUUCAUGAAUUUUAACUUCAAAAACAGAUUUCCGACUGAAAGGCGCGGGAUUAUACAAAGAGUGACGAAGGAGGAGUUGCGCAAAGACGUCCUGAACGACGGAAGUCUGGAAGUUAGCGAGACGACAUUCGUUAGACCGCCUAGAAUACUAAGCACAACGGAAAACAUAAAAAAGGCGAUCGUUAACGGAAAAGUGUAUUACGACGCAACGAUAAGAGAUCGGAAGGAGUUAUUUGCGAAUACGACAAGAAAAGGAAAGAGUUUGCGUUUGGAAGAAAGAGUUCCAAUGGUAGUGGCUAAUAGUAAUGCUAAAAAGAAUAUAAGACAAAGAAAUGUGAAUCCCAUAAGAAGAGUUAAAAGAGUGUACAGAAAGAGAUAUAAUCCAGAGGAAGUGAGAAAGAGAUUGUUGGAAAGAGAAAAGAAUAAGAAGGAUUAGAUAAGUUAUUUUUAAGUUAAAAUAUUAUUGUCAGUUUGACUUAAAAUUGGUUUUGAGUUCAAUUGACGAUGACAUUCUGUUAAGGUUAGGUUUAUAUUUAUAAAAUAAUAAGGAAUUUUUAUAGUAAAAAGUUUUCAUUAAUUUUGCUUAUAUUUCCUGAGAAUUUGCAUAUUAAUUAGAGUUUAUAUUUAAACGAAGUUCCCAAAAUCGAAGAAGGUUCCAAUUUAGAAUCUGUAAUGGUAUCUCGCCCUUUGUUAGUUUGAACGCACUAAUCUUAGGAACUAAUGGUCCGAUUUGAAAAAUUCUUUCAGUAUGAGAUAGCCCAUUUAUUGAGAAAGGCUAUAGGCUAUAUAUGUACCACGGGUGAAGCCGCUAGUGUCAUAUAAAAGAGUUUUAUCUUACGUCAGUUCUUUAUACUCCUACGUCUGUUAUUUAAAAAUUUCUAAUACAUAUUAUUAGAAAAUUAUUAAAUAAAUAAAUAAUACUCGGUUUAUAAAUUAUUAAAUGAACUUAUGAGAAUUUUUUAUCUUUUCGAUAUGGUAUUUAAGGUGUAUACGUUAUAAAUUAAAUGAU